CACACUUUCAACUUCAAGUUCCAACUGUUCGACGGAGCAAAAUCACAGAAAAAGUAACUUCAAAGCUCUCUGUAUCUGCAAAUGAAGUUGAAGAUGAAUAAAGCAUCGGAUCUCAGCUCCAUAUCUGUUCUUCCUCCUCAUGCAAGGAGGCCAAGUGUGGUACCAAGUGCAGCGGAGUCUUCGCUCUACGGGAAAAGCCAAGUGUCACAGGUUCGGUCACAGCAGCAAUCGCAACAAUCCUUCUCACAGGGAUUUUCAUCUCAGCAAGCGAUCUACUCUCAGCUAUCACAGAGCUCUCUGGAUGAUUUUGUCCCUAAUGAGCAAAGAUUGGGUUCUCAAGAAAGAGAAAAUUCAGCAAAAAGGAUGAGCUGUUUGCCUCAUAUCAACUACACACGAGAAGAGACUCAAAUGCAGUUAUCAAAACCCUCGACCAAUUAUUUGCGCAAAUGGUCAGUUUCUGAAAACAAAUACCAGAUUGAAGAACUUGAACACAAAAUUGGAAUGGUAGAGACUUCAUUAAGCAGGCAAGGAAUGAUCUUAGAUUCUAUUCAGAGUGAUAUUAUGCAAGUUAACCGGGGAACAAAAGAGAUAUUGAUGGAGAUGGAAAGCUUACGACCGAAGUUAGUUUCUCAUGAUGAACUGUUGCAAUUGAUGAACAAGGAGAGGGAAGAUCUGAAAGCUAGCCUGGAGGGGACCUUCAAAUCCAUGUUUGAAGAGCUUAGGGAGAACAAAGAUCAAGAGAACAUCAGAGAUCUUUCAUCACUGCUUAGAGCUAUGCCCAACAAACUCGAGAUGUGCAUUUUGCAACUUCAAACUGAUUUGAGCAAGACCUUGGCUAAAGAGAUUCAGAUAAUUGCCCUCCGCCCAGAUUGUCAUGGACAAAAACAUGAAACCGCUCCAGUCGAUCCACCAAAAGGCAUCAAUGAUUGUAGCCCUCCCCGUGAAGUGAAGUUUCUAAAGAAAGAUCAGAAAAUAACUAUGCCGCCGAAGAUUGAAAUGGGAAGCUGGACUACAGUAAAAAAUAACCAAACUUGUAUGAAGCGGAAAAUUCCAAUGAGAAGUCACAGACAGAAUGAAGCAUUUCAACAGAAAAUUCCCAUCAGAAGUCACAAACAGAAUGAAGCAUUUCAACAGGGAAGGGAAUGUAGAGCUACCAUUGAAUCUGAUGAGGAUAUUGAUGCAGACUUUUCCUGCCUGCUUGAAGAAAAUGGAGCAGGCACGGGGAUUUGUAUACUAGAUGAUGCAAAGGAAGAGAGUGCACGCAUAUUAAGGAAAGCAAGGAGGCGAAAGAGAAAGCAUUUUCACACUAUCAUUAUAGAUUGAAGGUACACAGUGAAUUUAUAGUCCGCUGAAUCAAGGUCCUGUGAUUUGAUAAGCAGUAAAAAAUGUAUUAUUGAUUCUUCUGUCUUUCCUUAGUUGAUAUAGGACAUGUUUGCAAUUCAACUUUUCAUUAUUAUUAGAAAAUCCAUGACUGAUCAUGACGUAGCAACCAAAAUCUGUAUUGUUGCUGCAAUACUCAGUCUUAGUUGAUUGUGUACUGAGAUGUCAACGGACUCAGCAUAUAAGAAUAUGUAAUGCACUGGGAUUACGUAAGAAAAAUCA